CGAAAAGUGUUCAGUUCUCAUUCUACAUUGUAGUUGGUGCAUAGUAUAUGGUAUAUACGAGUGUGUAUUCCGAUCCCAUAGAUAUAUUGUAGUCUGUAGAUACAUAGUAUACUCCAGUAUAUAUAUAUAUAUAUAUAUCGUGAUACCCGAGUGUACCGCAGCGCAGUCAAACUAACCACCACACCCUCUAACGUAUAUCACCCACGCGAUCGACACUCACCCACAGUCACGAUGGCUGAAAGCGAUUUCUUGAAACAAGUUGUAUCGGGCAUCCGUAUGUCUGCCAAGAAGCAACAAGAAACAUUCCACAAUACAAAGCACAAUAUUGUUGUACCCGUGGCGAGUGGGGGGGGCGUUGACGAGAACGAAUCAACAGACAUUGAAUACAAGAUUAGCGUCUACACGGGAGAUAUUCCAAAUGCCAGCACCAGCGCAAAGGUGUUCAUCACGUUGUAUAGGUAUGUGAUUAGUGUUGUUACUUCACCGUGGCUAUGCGAAUGGGAUUGA